CAAAGCAACACACAACAAGCCUGCGCGAGGACUCGCCCUGAAACGGGUUAUAACGCGUUAUAACGGCUCCUAACGGCUUAUGAAGCCUGGCAACGACCCGGCGCGCCUUCAUUCAUGGAGCUAAAGGAAACCUGAGCGCUUUUUCUGUCGGCGGUCCGGACUGAAAGAGACACGGGAGGCCGAAAACACGGCGCAGUGGCGGCGCUGCCCCUGGAGCUCAGUCUCUCUCUGCCCCAUUUCCAGGCUCCAGGGCUGAAGACGGGGGACCGGAACCGGCGCGACAUCUUUAUUCAUAUUUAUAGGGAAUAAAUCAGAAAGAGGGACUGACAGCCUUCAGCAUGGCGCACAUCCGGGCCAUCAACCAGAAUGCUCGUUUGGACCCAGAAGAGUACUUCACUAAGCAGGAGCGGAUUGGGAAGGGUUCGUUCGGUGAAGUCUAUAAAGGCAUCAAUAACCGCACUAAAGAGGUGGUGGCCAUCAAGAUCAUCGACCUGGAGGAGGCCGAGGACGAGAUCGAGGACAUCCAGCAGGAGAUCACCGUCCUCAGCCAGUGUGACAGCCCCUUCGUCACCAAGUACUACGGCUCUUAUCUCAAGGGAACUAAACUGUGGAUCAUUAUGGAAUAUUUGGGAGGAGGAUCUGCUUUAGAUCUUCUCCGACCUGGGCCUUUGGAGGAGACGUACAUCGCCACUAUACUUAGGGAAAUUCUGAAGGGUCUGGAGUAUCUACACUCCGAAAGAAAAAUCCAUCGCGAUAUCAAAGCUGCCAACGUGCUGCUGUCUGAGCAGGGGGACGUGAAGCUGGCGGACUUCGGCGUGGCCGGUCAGCUCACAGACACACAGAUUAAGAGGAACACGUUUGUGGGAACUCCGUUCUGGAUGGCGCCGGAGGUCAUCAAACAAUCUGCCUACGACUUCAAGGCUGAUAUCUGGUCGUUGGGCAUCACAGCCAUCGAGUUGGCUAAAGGAGAGCCGCCGAACUCGGACCUGCAUCCCAUGCGUGUGCUGUUCCUCAUCCCUAAAAACACACCCCCUACGCUGGAGGGCUCCUACAGCAAACCCUUCAAAGAGUUUGUAGAGGCGUGUCUCAAUAAAGACCCGCGAUUCAGACCCACAGCUAAAGAGCUGCUCAAGCACAAGUUCAUCACACGCUACACCAAGAAGACGUCCUACCUGACCGAGCUGAUCGACCGAUACCGCCGCUGGAAAUCUGAGGGCCACGGAGAAGAGUCCAGCUCCGAUGACUCCGACAUGGACGGAGACGGUGACGAGAGGGAGCAGUGUCCCAUGUGGACGUUCCCUACAGUGCGCCACAGCUCCUUGAAUAAACUGCAGAAAGACUACGCUAACACAGACUCGGAGACGGCUGAGACGGUGAAGAGGCAGCCGAGGUCUCAGUGUCUGUCGGCUCUCGUCUCGCCCAUUUUCAGAGAGUUAAAGGAGAAGCGGAGGGCGAGUGGAGAAGGAAUCGGGGCCAUAGAGGAGCUGGAGAACGCCUUUAACCUGGCCGAGGAGUCGUGUCCUGGCAUCUCAGACCUGCUGGUGACACACGUGAUGGAGAGAAUGUGUCGGUUUGCGCUGAACAGCAAUGGAAACACCACCCCAUCGUCACGGUGAAGACCCCCUCCCCCCUCCUGGGCUCGGGCUUGACCCCUGACUGCCUGUUCGUGACCUCGUGGUGCCCCCCCCCCCCCUAACGUGAUACCCCACCACCUCCACCGAGCAGAUGUUUUAAUGCGUUGUAAUGAAAUAUUUUUACAGGUUCUUUAUAGAGCGGAGAUAUUUAAAAGAGACAAAGACCACGGCACUGAGCUGUGUGUUCACCCCGUGUCCCUCAACAUCAACCUCAUAAAACCUCACACACACUUA